AUGGCGGCCUCGCUCACGCUCCAGUCCAAGCAGAAGCUCAACAACGGCUACGAGAUUCCCGUGUUGGGAUAUGGCCUCUGGAAGACCCCUCCUGAACAGGCUGAGGAGGUCACCGCUGAGGCCAUUAAGGUCGGCUACCGUCAUAUUGACUCGGCAGCCUCGUACAAGAACGAGGCUGGCGCUGGUGGAGCCAUCCGCAAAGCUAAGGAUGUCCCCCGCUCCGAGGUAUUCUUCACCUCCAAGGUCCGCUACAUCCACUACGAUGGUGCCAAGGACCAGGUAGAGAAGACCUUGAACGAGACGGGCCUUGAGUAUGUCGACCUGAUGCUCUUGCACUGCCCGUAUGGUGGCUCGGCCGGCCGCAAAGGUGCCUGGAAAGCCCUCGUCGAAGCCCAGGAGGCUGGCAAAGUCCGCUCCAUCGGCGUCAGCAACUACGGCGUGCAUCACCUCGACGAGCUUGAAACGCAUAUCAAGGAGCUCGAAGAGGAGCGUGGAGGUCCGGGAAAGGGCGGCGCCAUCAACGUUGCCCAGUACGAGAUCCACCCCUGGUGCGCAAGAAACGACAUUGUUCAGUGGCUGAAGAAGCGCAACGUGGCCAUCGAGGCUUAUAGCCCUCUCGUGCGAGGCGAGAGGUGGGGCGAGAAAGACCUCAAAGCCCUGGGUGAGAAAUAUGGCAAGUCAGAGGCUCAGAUCCUGUUGCGCUGGAGUUUGGAGAAAGGAUACAUUCCCCUCCCUAAGAGUGUUACCCCUUCUCGUAUUCUCGGUAACACGAAGAUCUACGAUUUCCAGCUGUCGGAGGAGGACUUAAAGACCCUAGAGACUGAUGAGUAUGCCCCAGUCUGCUGGGACCCAACUGUCAGCCCCUUGGACGGACCUCAAAGCGGCUGA